UUUCAGUUAAACUUUCUAUCAAGUCAGCGGUGUAAGUAUAAAGUCACGGUGACUAGAGCGUGUCACUUAUUUAAGAGGAGCUGUCAUUGCUAUCUGCACGAACAGACUUUGAUCUUACUGCUGGAAGCCACUGUGGGUUUUUUUCUUUUUCGUCACACCAAUUAGUUAAAAUGUCGAUUAUCUAUGAAAUAUCCCGGGCUGCGAUUAUUCUUCCUUUAAUUUUCUUUUAUACAUGUGUUGCAAUAGGGAGAUUGAUAUUGUCUUUCAUCAAAAGCCCUUUCAGUAUUCUUGGCAUAUUCGACUUCAGACGGGGUCCAAUCUUUAAAGCUCCGCCACCUAAAUGGAAUGAUGAAGAACUCGGGACCCACGGGUUUCUCUCACUCAGUAAUGUUAAUGUCCACUAUGUUAGUAUAGGAGAUAAAAAUAAGCCCUUGAUGCUUUUCAUCCAUGGUUUCCCAGAAUGUUGGUAUUCCUGGCACUAUCAAAUAGUUGAGUUCAGUAAAAAUUACAGAGUUGUUGCUUUUGAUCAAAGGGGAUAUUCACUCUCUUCUAAAUUUACUGAUAAGAAGUAUUUCACAAUUGAAAAACUAUCUGCUGAUGUGUCUGAAGUUAUUCAAACUCUUGGUUACAAAAACUGUGUGCUUGUCGGCCAUGAUUGGGGAGGUGCAGUAGCAUGGAAUACAGCUAUAAAUUAUCCUCAGUUGGUUUCCAAAUUAAUCAUUAUGAACUGCCCACAUCCAACAGUUUUUUCGAAAUAUCUUCGGAGCCAUUUCUCUCAACUUAGAAAAUCAUGGUACAUGUUUUUCUUCCAAAUGCCAUAUAUCCCAGAAUGGAUAUACUCAUUCAACAAAUUUGAGGCUUUAUCUAAAAUUUUCACCAGUCGUGUUGGAGUCAGAAGUGAAAAUAUGACGAGUGAUGAUAUUGAUGUUUACAGAUAUGCCUUUUCUCAACCAGGAGCAACUACAGGACCCAUCAACUAUUACAGAGCAAAUUUUCACAGAAGCCAGGCUAAACUACCUACAAACAUUCUGAAAAUGCCUGUUCUCAUAAUAUGGGGAAUGCAAGAUGCUUUCCUCAACCAUGAAAUGGCUGCAGAAUGUAGUAAAUAUGUUAAUAAUCUUUUGAUAAAAUACAUUGAAGAUGCUACACAUUUUGUUCAACUAGACCGACCAGAAAUUGUUAAUAAUAUCAUGUGGCAAUUUCUAAAAUAGUUACCAAAAUAUAGUUCUUUUAAUUGUUAAUUAACCAAAUGUAUACAGUUGUCUUAUAAUUUAAAUUCUUUAUAUUUUUUUAAAGAUUAUUUUGAUGUUAUCUUUUUCCUUAUGAAGAGAGACUUGAAAACUGUACCAAUGCAAAAGUUAUAUAUAUAUAUAUAAAAGCAAUUCUUCAACUGAUACAAUUGUAAAGGUGGUUUUUCAAUUCUAUAUAAUCGACAAUCCAGUUUGUUUUCCAAUAAAUCUUGUGUUUAUGACUUUGCAAUAAAUAAUUUUAAAAACUCA